AUGUCGUCUCGGUUCGAUGAGAAAGCCAACGCCCAGACGAAUGUCGUCGCCGCCAGCGACAUUUCACUGACUCACGCCGAUGUUCGGAGCGCCGACGACGCACGUCUGGCGGAACUCGGAUACAAGGGAGAGUUCAGGAGGGAGUUCUCGCUGAUCGAAACCGUUGCAUUCGCGUUCUCGAUUAUGGCCGUGAUCGGAGGCGUCUCAUCGACCCUAUCUUUUGGGCUCGCAUCGGGUGGUCACGUUGGAAUGGUCUGGGGAUGGGGCAUCCCCUGUAUUUUCGUGAUGUGCAUUGCGGCCUCCAUGGCCGAGUUGACUUCGUCUAUGCCGACCAGCGCUGGGCUGUACUACUUCUCUGCGAAGCUCGCGCCCGAGCGAUACUCUGCACUCGCUAGCUGGAUCACCGGCUGGGCGAAUGUCACCGGCCAAAUUACCCUCGUAUGCUCCAUAGAUUACACAGUGGCUCAGAUGAUCACCACGGCCAUCGCAGUCAACACCGACGGUGCUGUGAUCCUCGGCGCAGGUCCGACAUACGGAAUCCUCCUCGCAAUCCUGGUAAUACACGGAAUUAUCUGCUCCGCGGCCACCAAGAUCCUAGCAAGGCUAAACUUGUUCUACGGCUUCCUGACCGCUGGUGCGACCGUUGCAGCCAUCGUCGCGCUCCUAGUCUGCUCGGGGGACAGGAAGGUAUCCACCAAGACCGCAUUCACAUCCUUCGAGAACAACACCGGGUGGAGAAACGAUGGCUGGGCGUUCCUCCUCGCGUUCGCCGCCCCGAUGUGGUCCCUCACCGGAUACGACUCCGCCGCACACAUAUCUGAAGAAGUCGCGGGAGCCGCGCGCGCCGCGCCCAUCGCGAUCCUCACCUCCGUCGCGGCCGUCGGGGGCAUGGGCUGGCUGCUCAUCAUCGCCGUGUCCUUCGCAACCGUCUCCGUGCCGGCGCUCCUCGAGACGGACCUCGCGCUCCCGAUGGGCCAGGUGCUGCUCGACGUCCUCGGGAAGCGCGGCAUGCUCGCGAUUUGGAGCUUCACCAUCAUCGCGCAGUUUUUGUGCGGGGCGGCGCAGGGCGUGGACGCGUCUCGCGUUGUGUUCGCAUUCGCGCGGGAUAACGCGCUGCCGGGCUCGCGCUGGUGGAAACGGGUGAACGCGUACACCCAGACGCCCGUCAACGCCGUCUGGCUCGUCAUCGCCCUCUCCGCGCUCUGCGGGCUCCUCGGGUUCUCCGCCACCGCGUUCAAUUCGCUCGCUGGCGCAUCGGUCGUCGGGCUGUACACCUCCUACGCGACUCCGAUUUUCCUCAGGAUCACGUCUGGACGAGAUAAGCUCGUCCCUGGGCCUUUCAGCCUUGGGCGGUGGUACAUGCCCAUUGGUGCGGUCUCUGUUGUAUGGGUGUCCUUCAUCGUGGUCCUGCUGUGCUUUCCGCCCAGUCAGAGGGUGAACGCGGCAGAGAUGAACUAUGCGUCAGUGAUUGUUCUGGCAGUGUUCGUCUUCGCGGGAGGCUCAUGGGUGUUGUCUGCGCGGAAGUGGUUUGUCGGGCCACUGCCCAACGUCGAUGUCCCAGGCUACUCGGAGAAGCAGACGUGA